UUGAACUAUUGCGGAUUUACGUCAGUUAUGUUCCAUUAGACCAACACUCAAAAUCAACACCGAUAAAGAUUUGCAAAACACAGAUGACCGUCGUCCACAGCUCUAUCACGAGGUUUGCAGGCAGUGCAAACUAACUCAUCUCGACUCUAAUCUGCGUUCGAUUGAGACUUCCUGUGUGGCAGAACUGAGAGCAGGCGAGCGUGUAAUCAGCACUGCCUACAGACUAGUUUACGGUAACACUCUCUAAAAUCGCCGCCUGGACCGACAAAAGUACUCGUUUGGACUUAAUCUGGAAUGAAACGCUUUAUUCUAACUAUAAUGUUGGAUAGACGUUGAGUGCGAGAACUAGACAGCAAAGAGAUCCUCGGUGCGGGUCAAGCACAUCUCACCCGACCAACUGAAAAAGGAGGAGAGGCCAAAAAGACAACUGCAACUGGAGGAAAAAAGUGUCUACAAUCCUCACGGAUUGCCACAACGUCGAAGAUUAUCGUGACAUGAUGGCUACGGAGGAACUCUACGAGGUGGAGAGAAUAGUAGGCAAACGUAAGAACAAAAAGGGCAAGACUGAGUACCUGGUCCGCUGGAGAGGCUACGGCUUUGAGGGAGACACCUGGGAGCCGGAGAAUCACCUGUCCAGCUGCGUCGAGUUCAUCCAUGAAUUUAACCGGCAACACAGCGAGAAGCAGAAAGACGUAGCUUUACUCCGUUCCACACGUAGCUCUCCCAGCACAGCCGGAGGCAACGCCCGCAAACAAAUCAGCAGGCCUCAGCAGUCCUCAGUGAGUCCUAACACAGCGAAGACCUCUCCCCCCACCCCAAACACACCCUCCACAAAACGGCUUCAGCCAGCACAGCAUUCACCGCACAACAGCGAUGCGCAGCAGCAGAAGAGUAAGCGAUCGGCUGGCGUGAGUAGCAGUGGCACAGUCACUGACACGGCUCCGACGGCAGCGCCGACAGCUGCUCCCACUGUGAGUGCGCUGCGGCGUAGUAUGGACCUGGCUAAAUCUGGCAUCAAAAUCCUAGUGCCGAAGAGCCCAAUGAACAGCCGCACUGACACAGAGGAGUCUCCCAGUGAGGCAGCGCACAGUCUGGAGCAGGGAGGCCAAGAGCCAGAUGCUGUGCCCCCUGAAGUGGCCUUGCUGGAGAAACCCGCCAGAGCUGUGCGUGUACAAGGAGAGGAACGGGCUCGUAUGGGCACGAGGCCCAGAACGCAAACAGCCCUUCUGCCACCGCAGAUUCCCAUUACCCCCGCUGCCGUCCGCACAUUAAACGGGAAAGGCGUGACUACCCUCAUGGAGGCCUCGUCUGCAAAUGGAACAGCCAUUACUCAGAGUGCUGCGGCAGGAGUGAUGAGCAGCUCAGGGCUGACAGGCAAAAGGCGUUUUGAGGACCGUGCAACUUUCGACAAGCGUCUGCGCUUUAGUGUUCGUCAAACUGAGAGUGCUUACCGCUACAGGGAUAUUGUAGUUAAGAAACAAGAUGGCUUUACACACAUUCUGUUUUCUACAAAGACCUCUGAGAACAAUUCACUGAAUCCUGAUGUAAUGAAAGAGGUUCAGAGUGCCAUGGCCACAGCUGCAGCUGAUGACAGUAAACUUGUUCUACUGAGCGCCGUGGGAAACGUCUUCUGCUUUGGCCUCGACUUCAUCUAUUUUAUUAGGCGGCUCACGGAUGAUAGGAAAAAAGAAAGUAUCAAAAUGGCGGAGACAAUCAGAACUUUCGUCAACACAUUUAUUCAGUUCAAGAAGCCCAUCAUUGCUGCUGUGAAUGGGCCUGCUAUUGGGCUUGGAGCGUCUAUCUUGCCCCUGUGCGAUGUCAUCUGGGCCAAUGAGAAGGCUUGGUUCCAGACUCCUUACACAAUCUUUGGCCAAACCCCAGAUGCUUGCUCCUCUGUAACAUUCCCUCUCAUCAUGGGAGUCGCCUCGGCUAAUGAAAUGCUACUGAGUGGGAGGAAGUUGACAGCUCAGGAGGCUUGUGCCAAAGGACUUGUGUCCCAGGUUCUGUGGCCAGGGACCUUCACACAGGAAGUCAUGGCUCGCAUCAAGGAGCUAGUAUCUUGUAAUUCAGUUGUUCUGCGUGAGUCCAAAGCACUGGUGAGGAACAUUAACCGGGCCGCCCUGGAGCAGGCCAACGAGAGGGAAUGUGAGGCACUUAAGAGGGUCUGGGGCUCUCCUCAGGGCAUGGACUCCAUACUCAAAUAUCUCCAGAAGAAAAUCGAUGAAUUCUAAGUCAGUUAAAUGUCCUACGGGUGUCAAAACCUCCAUCCUCAAGUGCCUGAUGUUAUUUAAACAAGGUUUGUCAGUGGUUACUUUUUUAGUAGGAUUUUUUAUGGAACAGUGGAAGACUGGCGUGGUCAAACCCGCACUUCAUCUUCGUUCAACUUUCAUUUUCUUCAGACUGCAGAAAGCAGCGUCUCAUUCUGCUACACUUGAUAAUGACUUUAAUGCAGUUUGUGAUAAAUCUUGCACUGCGCAGAAGGACAAAAUGCCUUGAUAUAUGUCAAUUCCUGUCAUCUUUCUGCUCAAUUUCUGUUGUAUCAAGUAAUGACUUGCUUUGUCAUAGAGGUAAUACGGAUUUGGGCUACUUUUCGAAGCACCACCUAUGCAGACUGUUUGAGAAAAGAUGGAUAACAUCAGUGUAAUUCAAGAAAGGGAUGCAUGAGACUUGAAUAAGUUGAAUUUUGCCCGUUUUGGAUAUCGCUACACUAACAGAUUGUAAUUAGAAUCAAGUCUUUAGCAGGCUUUUCUUCAGCAGGUACUCUUUAUUCAGCUAAUAGAAGUCAUCUCAAGCCUUGUUCAUCUUGAGUAUUCAUGCAACUCCUGCUGGCAUUUACAUCGGCCAGCCCUUUGAAGUCCUUUUUAUGAAUAGAUACAGUUAUAUCAAGAAAAACAGACACUGACGGCAACAAAAAUGACACCAGUGCUUAGAGAUUUAGCAUCAGUGCUGUUAUACAGACUUGAAACCUACUAAUUGAAUUUUUGAUUUACAUAACGAUCAAAUUAACAAAAUGACUACUUAAGUACAUGUGGAUUUGCAAGGCUCUGGCUUAGUAGGAAUUAACAUGUAUCAAAGUUAACUUUUGCUGGCUUAACUUUAAAAGUUUUCUGCUUAGAGUUUUAUUUGUAUGUUCUUGACGUACAAACUGCUUUGGAGUAAUAUACCACCAAAUAAUUUUGAUGUAAAUGUUGAUGACAGUAUUUCUAAUUUAAUAACUUAUGACAUUAUGAAAUUGAUUGAGGUAUGUUCCUCAUGAGUCAAUAAAGGAUGCUGGCGUUUUUAAAUCUGCUGGUUCAAACAGACUGGACUGCUGUAUCAUCAGAAGAGCCCUGGAGAUUAAACAACCAUCUCUAAGGGAAGAUCCUACUGAAAUCCAUCCCAAACAUCUGUAGUGUGACUAGCUAGUAUGCACUGUUAUUAAAUGGAAUGGAUUUCUUUCAUUACAAUUUUUUUAUAACAUGGGUGGGGAUGGAGUCAGAAAAUGGGUUGCGCGACUGUCCACAUAAAAUUGCAUAAAAUGUGACUUAGCAAACAUAUUUUCCCCUAGUGCUAAAUUCCUACCUCUCAAAAUCCAUAUUUAGAUUUUUAGCAACGAAGCGUCCUGUUCAAAAUCUCAUGCUAUAGCAUGUUUCUGGUACAGAUAUCUAUGCACUAUUCCUUAUUCCGUAUUGUGUAUGUUUUUCCCUUCC